GUACGGUAUCACCACGUGACCGCAAACGAGGCUAUAUAUAGCUGGACAGCGCUCCGAGGGAAUCAUCUCUGCGGCUUUUAUUCACCAUGGACAAAUUCCUAGGGACAUGGCGCAUGGUGGACAGCAAGAACUUCGAUGAAUAUAUGAAAGGACUUGGUGUCGGCUUCGCCACUCGACAGAUUGCAAGUGUUACCAAACCCACACUUAUAAUCAGCGUAGAUGGGGACUUCAUUGUGGUGCAGACACAGAGCACUUUCAAGAACACCGAGCUCAAGUUUAAGCUGAAUGAGGAAUUUGAUGAGACCACCGCAGAUGAUCGGAAAGUUAAGUCCAUUGUAACCUUAGAAGAUGGGAAACUGAAGCAUGUGCAGAAAUGGGAUGGGAAGGAGACCACGUUGGUAAGAGAAGUCAAUGACAACAAACUUGUUUUGACCCUUACCCUGGGAGAUAUUGUCAGCACACGUCAUUACGAGAAAGCCUAAUAACCUGCACUCCUUUUUAUCACCAUUGUUCUGUUCAGUCCAAAGUCAAAUGUCUUCAUAACAACCUCAGCCCCCGACCAUCUCUGUCUCCUCUUGCAUUGAAUGGGCUACAACAGCAGUAUUAGAAACCUUUUGUGGAAUUUCGAUGCAGAAUUCGCUAUUAAUUUAUAUUGCAGUGCCAAAGACUGACACUUCUUAGGUUGGAAACUUAUCUUGAAAACUUCUUGAAGGAGUAUAAAUAAGCUGUAUGUAUCAUGUUGUCACAAUAAUGCGGUAUCUCUUAUUCAUGGCUUGUCAGUUCUACUUGUCUCAUCCACUAAUAUUUGUGCCAUCUGCUUUGAUAUCAUUGACAUUUCUCACACAGGAAUUACAAAAAAGACAUGACCACCCUUAUUGAGCUAACAAUACAUUUUUGCCUGAGAAUUUACUAGAUUGUUGCCUAAACUACACAUUACUGCUGUAUUGUGUUUGUGAUGCAUUCUGGUUAUGUUAACGGAUUUAAAGGGUUGCCUCUGCUUCACCCAUACUUGAGACCUAGAGUGAAUGCAAUGCUGGUUUCAUCCCUUAAAGAUAUUAGUUUAAGAUUCCCAGACAGUUCCCAAACACACGUCUGAACAGCUGAGAUACCACAAUCUGAAUUUACUCAGGAACUGAGUUUGUAUUGUAUUAUUAGUUGCAGUAUACAUCCGACGUGAAAAGAUAUCCUGGCAUUUCAACUCUAGUAUUUAUCUAAGUGCUGCUCAGUUUCACUUAAGGUGGACCAUACAUUGUGUCCUCUUGAUCCUGUAAUUCAUGAUGAUGUGAAAUUUAUGUAUUAUAUAAAUGUAUAAGAUCCUGAUCUGCUAUAUCUGGUUAAACUAGUUAAUUUGUAUAUCAGACCUGAAUUUCAGAGUUAAUAGCAGUUAAUGUGUAUUACAACGGUCAAUGGCUGAUAACCAUUCCUAUACCUCAUUGUGAAGGAGGUCACAAGCACUGAACAUAAGUUGUGGUACUAUUUUUGAAAGAGCCUGCAUGGGCUGAUACCCAGUUAUAACGCAAUUUAUUAAACUACAUUACUCCUAUCUUGAUGUGUUUUUAUACACCAUUGACUCUUAAUAAAAUGUUUAAACAUAA